UUUGGCCGAGCACGAUGACACAUACGCAACUUCUGCUGGUGCCUGGAAAACUCUGAUUAAUAUUUAAUGCUGAACCGUGGGGUGUUUUAUAAAGGCGCAGUGUGUUUAGCUCUUUAGAACUUGGCCGCAUGUAACAGGAAACGCUCUGGGAAAGCAAAGGAAGUCAUCAACCCGUGUUAGCAUGCAGCUAUUUUUGGAAGCAUCUUCAUCAUUGUCAUCAUCAUCAUCAUCAUCAUGGUGGUUCAGGGUUGAUGUAGCUUCUGAGGAUGAAUUAAAGCCAGCGCAAGUCUUGCCAGGAUUUUGAUAUAAAGUUGAUAGAUGUAGCGUGAAGUGAAUGUGUUUGUGUAAUUUGCCUCUUCCACCAGCGCUCAUAAGGGACAUAGUGUGGGAAAGUAUCUGGAGACCUUGUUACCCGUGGGCUUGUCUGAUUUACCAUUGUAUUUAUGAACAGACAUUUCUUAUACAACUGCAGUGCACCAAUCCUGGAUGUGAAGAUUGCCUUUUGUCAGGUGUGUGUCCCAUACAGGUAAAACAAAAGGGUUUUGGUAAACAAGUUGAUGUGUCUAACAUCGCCAAGCAUUACAACAUGAGCAAGAGCAAAGUGGACAACCAGUUCUACAGCGUGGAAGUCGGAGACUCCACCUUCACGGUUCUGAAACGGUACCAGAACCUCAAGCCCAUUGGUUCUGGGGCUCAGGGAAUAGUAUGUGCGGGAUAUGACGCUGUCCUGGACAGAAAUGUGGCUAUAAAGAAGCUCAGCAGACCUUUCCAGAACCAGACCCACGCCAAGCGCGCUUACAGGGAGCUGGUGCUCAUGAAGUGUGUCAAUCACAAAAAUAUCAUCAGCUUAUUAAACGUUUUCACACCACAGAAGUCUUUAGAGGAAUUCCAGGAUGUGUACCUGGUGAUGGAGCUGAUGGAUGCUAAUCUGUGCCAGGUGAUUCAGAUGGAGCUGGACCAUGAGAGGAUGUCCUACCUGCUCUACCAGAUGCUGUGUGGCAUCAAACACUUACACUCGGCCGGCAUCAUCCACAGGGAUCUGAAACCUAGCAAUAUCGUGGUAAAGUCAGACUGCACGCUGAAGAUUCUGGACUUCGGGUUGGCGAGGACCGCGGGGACCAGCUUCAUGAUGACUCCGUAUGUGGUGACGCGGUACUACAGAGCCCCCGAGGUCAUCCUGGGCAUGGGGUAUAAAGAGAACGUGGAUAUUUGGUCAGUCGGUUGCAUUAUGGGCGAAAUGGUGCGCCACAAAAUCCUCUUCCCCGGCCGAGACUACAUCGAUCAGUGGAAUAAGGUGAUUGAGCAGCUCGGCACGCCAUCGCCCGAGUUCAUGAAGAAGCUCCAGCCCACAGUGAGGAACUAUGUGGAGAACCGACCUAAAUAUGCCGGCCUCACUUUCCCAAAGCUGUUCCCCGACUGCCUGUUCCCUGCAGACUCGGAGCACAACAAACUCAAAGCGAGUCAGGCCAGAGAUCUGCUUUCUAAAAUGCUUAUCAUCGAUCCUGCUAAGCGGAUAUCAGUGGACGAGGCCCUGCAGCACCCCUACAUCAACGUGUGGUACGAUCCGUCUGAGGUGGAGGCGCCUCCUCCUCAGAUCUACGACAAGCAGCUGGAUGAGCGAGAACACUCCAUCGAUGAGUGGAAAGAACUGAUCUAUAAAGAAGUGAUGAACUUUGAGGAGCGAACGAAGAAUGGUGUGGUGAAGGGACAGCCUUCUCCUUCAGGUGCAGCCAUGAACAGCAGCGAAAGCCUCCCUCCGUCCUCGUCCGUCAACGACAUCUCGUCCAUGAGCACCGACCAAACCCUGGCCUCCGACACGGACAGCAGCCUGGAGACCUCGGCCGGGCCGCUCGGCUGCUGCAGGUGACUAACCGCCUGCCUGCGCAACCCCGCCUUCUUUAGGAGGUGAUCUGAAUUAUUUCACGAAUCAAGGAAAAAAAAUUACGGAACGAGAAAAGUAACGCCUAUUCCGACGCCUAUCCGAUCUACUACUCUGCAAAAAGAAAAAAAAAGAGAAGAAAAAAAAAGAUAGCAGUCGCUCAAAUAUUAUCAUUGUGGUCCAAGAGAUUGGAUUCAGUUUAACGAUAAAUUUAGGAAUAACAGAAAAAUAAAUAAUAAAGCCUGCGUUAUUGCUCAAAGUAAAAGGAAAAAAAGAUGCUGAUGUAUGUGUAUAUUUAUGAGUCCCUCACUAGUUGCUUUGCUUUAUACUCCCUCCAUAUGGCAUCUGAUAAUAAUGGAAGAAAAAAAUAACAAAACAAGAAAAACGAUGUAAUGCUUACCGAGGCAUCUCUGUAAAGUGUAAUACGUUAAUACGUUAACCUGGAUGAUCCCGAGUAAACCACAAGCUUUCUGUGCUCCUUCGCUCGAUGUGGCAAGGUGUGCUUUCGUGUUUCUGACUACUCGAAUAAGUAAUAUACCGUAUAAUUAUAAUUCCCCCUCUUUAACCAGAGGAAAAUGACCUCAAAGAUGAUUUUCUUCUUCUUUUUUUUUUCUGGGUGUGAACAUAAAAACCCCUCGAUCUCUUGUAAAUAUGUAAUUCUGUACAGCUGCAAGGCAUGAAUGGGACUGACGGCCAGUAUCGGGAGUUGUCUUGCGCACCUUGCCACAUCCCUUUGCCGCUUUGACCUUUAUUUGCCCUUGCCUGUAGUCUUCUUGCAUGAUCCGAGAGAAAGAAAAAAAAAAAACAACAACAACAAAAAAAAUGAAAUGUUAAUAUAAAUAUAACCCAGUAUAUUUGUAUACCAUGUGAUGAAAUGAAAUCUGCUGGAAGCUGCGAGGCGAACGGGAAAGGGUUUUUACGCUGGCGGAAGUGGUCACGUGUGCGUCCUUGUAUUCUGCAGGAAGCCAUUGCGAGGGAACAGCUACUGUCACACAUACUGUAACACUCCCAUCAGGGUUGCCAGAGAUGCACAUUUUUGACCGUGCUAGUAUGUUACAGGCGUAAUCAUCUCAUUAAUGGUCACGAAAACAAACACAGAUGAUGUAAAUGCAGACGAAGAGACGUCUGCGAUAUAUACAGGAUAUGUGUUGUAGAGAUUUCGCUCAUGUUGCAAGAAAUCAGGAAAGAACGAUUGAAUUGCAUCUGUCGAAUUCCAGCUACUGCAUAGAAAUGCAGCGCACUCUGGUGAACGCGGAAACUGACAACGACCAUCUUGUGUUUCGUGAUUUAAAAAAAAAUUAUAUACUAGGACUAGAAAUGUCAACCUGGCAACCCUGACCUCCAUCCUGUUCUUUUUUUUUUUAAGUUUUAAAUUGCUAAAACAAUACAGAACAUAUAUCAUACAUCCGCAGUUUCAUCAUACUUGCUGCUUUGCAUGGCAUUCAUUUCCUUAACCUUCGACACCUCCGAUCGGUUCUCUUACGGCUGUUGCAUGUUCAGGAAAGGGCUUCCCCCCCCCCAAAGUCUAGCAACUUCGAAGCGAAUGCUGUGUCAACAAUACCUCAUUCUCGUAGCUUUGCAUUCGAAUCAUUGCCAUUGUGCAUUCUUAGUGUACAUCUGUCUAAACGACCAUCUUUCUUAUACAUUAUGUUGUCUGAACGGAAUCCAAAUGGACUUACUACCUAAACCGAGGAAUCCGAAAGAAGUGGGCUUUAUUUAUUGAGCGCAUGAGUUUGCCUGAAUUCGGGUAGUGCCUUUUAAAAUAAUGCAGUUUAUCUUAUUUAUCGGAAACAACUCUAAGAGCAGUAAAGCAUGGACGAGGUUCGGGCGAGGUUGCACAGGCGGUGGCUUUGUCACAAUUUGAACCCUGCAGGUUAUUCCGAGUUGUCGUACGUCGGCGGUGCCUGGUUUGUCGGGUCUUUUCCUUCUUCUAACCUCUUUGUCUAAAGUAUGCACAUAAUCACGAAAUCUCGAAAUACCAUCCCCUUCCUUGUCCUAUUAAAAAAAAAAAAAAAAAAGAAUGAAUCCUGACCUGUAAUUGUUGCAUUUCUAAAUAAUGUCUUGUAAAAAGAAACCUCAAGCUUUACCCACACACCUGAAGUUUUUGUUUUUCAGUUAUAGGUUAUUGAUAAGCCUUAUUCAAUAAUAAGUACAUGGUAAAAAGAAAUGCAUCAUAUAGUUUUCUUUUUGUUUUGUACCUGUACUUGUCUGAGUUGUCCUGUGUACCAAAUAAUUUUAAUAAAGGAAUAAAACGCACACCUUUUUUUUUUUUUUUUUGAUUGUUAAAUUAAUUCGGGCCAUUUCUGAUUUCUAAUAGUGAUAAUUUCUUUAAACUGUAUUGCCAUUCUGAAUUUAACCAUGCAUUAACCAUUACUGUGUCAUACAGUAUAGCA